GGGAAGGGUGUGCGACUUGUUGCUAGUGCAAAACUACAUUGUGGGAGGGUGUGGGUGUAUGUUCAUGCGUGGGAAGGGGGAAGAUACGUGUCGAAGAUAGCUGUGAAAAGACCUUCCCUGAUCCCGGGCAUUGCAGAAGACGGCGGAGAAGCAUGGCAGACUUUUGCCCCUCAGUGCCCUCCUCCUGCGAUUGCUUUGUUUCACUCCCGCCGGCUUCUGCUGCCAGAGAGGUCAUCUUCGGCAAGAAUUCCGACCGUCCGAAGGACGAAGUCCAGGAAGUGGUUUAUUUCCCAGCUGCCACUCAUGCUAAGGGGGCGAAAAUCCAGUGCACUUACAUCGAAGUGGAUCAGGUAGAGAAGACUCACGCAGUAAUCCUGAGCCGACCAGCCUGGCUAUGGGGAGCUGAGAUGGGAGCCAAUGAACAUGGCGUCUGCAUCGGCAACGAAGGAGUGUGGACUAAGGAGCCGGUGGGGGAGGAGGAAGCUUUGUUGGGCAUGGAUUUGGUCCGGCUGGGUUUGGAAAGGGGCCGCCACGCACACGAAGCGCUUCAGGUCAUAACCGCUCUCCUGGAACGUCACGGCCAAGGAGGCCCAUGCAAGGAGGAGCCAACCCCGUUCGUUUACCAUAAUACCUUUCUCCUGGCUGACCGCACCGAAGCCUGGGUGUUGGAGACAGCUGGAAAGUUUUGGGCUGCUCAAAGGAUUCGAGAAGGUGCCCGUAACAUCUCCAACCAGUUGAGCAUUGAUGUGGACAUUACCGCUGAACACCUGGAUUUAAGGCAGCAUGCCCGACGACAGGGGUGGUGGAACGGAGAAGAGGAGUUCAGCUUCACAAAAGUGUUCUCGCUCGUUCACCAGCCUGUCCGCAUGGAGGCAGCCAAAGCUCGGUAUUGUGCUGGGCGGCAGCUGCUGCAACAGCAUUCAGGGCAGAUCACCGCGAGCACCAUCAUGGCCAUCCUGAGAGACAAAGCCAGCGGGAUCUGCGUGGAUUCUGCAGGGUUUGCGACCACUGGAAGCAUGGUGUCUGUUCUCCCACUGGACGCCCAUCUGCCAUGCAUACACUUCCUCACGGCCACCCCAGACCCUUCCAGCAGGUCCGUCUUUAAACCUUUCGUCUUCGUUCCUGGCAUCACUCCCUUCCCCCAAGUUCAGGCGCCAAGGUUUGGUGACAAAGACCCCAUCCGAGAGAGCCCUCGGUUUCAGAGCCGGGUUGACCGGCGACCGUUUACUGUAACUCUCACAGAGGCGUCAGCCCAAUCCGCUGGAAGCUCGCGUGAUUCUGCACAGGGUGAGCGUCAUAAAAUCCAGGAAUGUUUGCAAGGACUUGAGCAGCAGGGUCUCGAAGCGAUGAAGAACUUGCUUGCGGGUUCCUUCACACCAAAACCCCAGGAGUUGGCCGACCUGUUUGUUGACUGUGUGAACGCAGAACUCAAGUUCUAUAAAUGAAGGAUCUCCUCUGUUGUACUUGCUGGUUGAGGGCAGGUGGGUUAAAGUGCCAUCUUCGUAUUAAUUGAGACUUCCAUGUGUGAACCUUACUGUCCACAUGCAAUAAUGAUGGCAUUGUAGUUUGAGAGGGAAAUUGACAGAAUCUCCGGCGGAUUCCGCCUGGGCCAAAAACAGCGGUGUGAAAAUGGUGUAAACUCUUUUGUUAAACUAUUUUACACCGUUUUCACACCGCUGUUUUUGGCCCAUGCAGAAUCCUCGGAGUUCUCAUGGUUACUGGAUGACUUGUUUACGUAGGAAUAGGUUGUGGUUUUGAGAAAUGGGUGGGUAAAUGCACAAAGCUUGGCUGUCAGUGGUGAUAAGCUAAAAAUUGAACCUCCAUAUCUCCAGGUCCUGAGAUAAAUAAGGAGAAAGAGACUUUGUCGAAGGCUUUCAUGGCUAGAAUCACUGGAGUGUUGUGGGGUUUCUGGGCUGUAUGGCUAUGUUCCAGUAACAUUUUCUCCUGAUGUUUCGCCUGCAUCUGUGGCAAAACCAGGAGAAAAUGCUACUGGAACACGGCCAUACAGCCCAGAAACCCCACAACACUCCAGAGAAAGAGACUCUUCCCUAUUCUCUAGAAUCUUUAGUAGCCAACGUUGGAGCAUUGGUCCAAAUCCCUGGUCAGAAUCCAGCAUGGAUGUCUUAUAUGAAUUAGAGGUCCACUAGAAAGAAAACCAGGCAUCUAACCAGACAGAACAUUUUGCCGUAUUUAUUUCCCCCCCAGAAAAAAAGACAACCCUGUGCCAGUGUGUUUGGCCUGUUUGCCAAAAUGAGCCAAUGAGACUCCAGCAGAAUGUCCCUUGGUGGGGGACUCUUGCCAUAUCCUCCCCGCCCCCUUCCAGAAGAAAGAGCAUCCAGGUGGGACCCUGCCAUGACAGGUUGCUGUCUUUCUUUUCGUGAUGCAAUUUCUCAUGAUCCAGAGGCCAAAAAGGCCAUUCCUUUCCCAUCUGUGCCCUGACCAAUGGUAUUAAUGGAGGGAAAAAAUUGGUCGUAUCUAAGGCAAAGUGUUGACGUGUGUGUGUGUGUGUGUUCAGUACACUGUUGUUCAUGACUCAGUGGCUUUUCACCAACAACCUGCGGGGUGUGGGGGAGAAUACUGGUAAAUGAAUAUGACUCUGGAAGAAGCAUUGGCAUUAUCUCCCCCCACCAAAAAUCUGUGUGAUUCCUCCAAUUUUCCAGCAAAAUCUCAAACAAAAAAACAAAUAGCAGACUUCCUAGCAGGCCAGACUGCUAGAACAUAUAGAACGUGUGCCAGAAUAUCUGUGAUGUGUGCGUUCUGGCUUCCCUUCCCAACCCUAAGGAGAAGCUCUUGCCCUCUUCCGGUCACUUCCUGCUGCUGCCAUCCCGACGUCCUCCCUCCUGCUGCCAUGUCUACUCUGCUGCCAGGGUGAUUUGGAAUGAAAGUGCCUUUUAAACAGAAGCAUGAAAUCCUGCCCAAGGUCUUUUGGUGCCUUGAAGCUGAGAACUGUCAGUUCUUUCCUCCUUUCCCGUAUGAAAACUUUAGCCUUCACAUACAUUCAUGGUGCCUUCCACAAAAACCACAAGUUGUUGCCUCUGUUCAUGAGCCACUAACUGUACUGUCCUAAAAAAUAUAUAGAACCUACCGUUUGCAGACUGGCUUUAACUAUCUGGGAGGAUCUUCACAAUUCUCCAACAAACAUAUCUGUCCAGUAUAUGUUCUAUAUAUUGGGGGAGAUGGGGGUGGAGAGCAAUGAUAGGUAAGCCAGCUUUGGUUCAGUUUAUAUUUCUAGCGCAGACAAAUCCCGAUUUCAGCAGGCACAGCAAACCACAUGGCUUGACAUUUCACUAGAAAAAAGCAACUGUAACUCUACUAGGGUUCGGUCUCAAUGUCCCCACCUUUUUCUGAAUAGUUAGCAGUUAGAACACAAGUCAUCUGCUGGGCUUCUAUUUCAGGGCAGCAAGAUUCCUCCCCCUACCCUUCCGCUGGCAGGCCUUGGUAAAUAAAGACGGACAGUAACCCAUCUGCUUGUCAAAUAUGUGGUCUGUACUCCACUAAUGGGCUGAAUAAAGAUAGUUGGUGAA